AUGACUACUAGAUCCCAAAAGAAAUCGCAAAGUACAGUAAAUAUAAACUUAGUAUCACCAAAAAGAAUUGAAAACUCCUGGGUUUUACUCGUUAAAGAUUCUGUAUUAGAAAAUAGUAACUUUAGUAUUAUCACGCUACCACAUCCAGCUCAUGGUCAUUUAUCAAAAUAUUGCUUAGACUAUCUCAAUAAAAAACUUUAUGAAGUUGUGUCAUUUAGUGAGCCAUACAGAUCAUGGUUUAUGGGUGACUACGUGAAAUGUGAUGGGAGUAUACUUAUGAUAACUCCUGUAAAUCCAUUAUUUUUAGUACUGCCCAGAUUAAGGGAACAAUGUAAUAAUAGAGCUGUACCAUUAGAGGAUUUAUUAUCAGAAAAAGGAUUUGACAAAAUAGUUCAUUUUGUUACCAAUAUGAACAAUAUAGGAGAUUUAAAGGGUCCAGUGGAUAUUAAUGCUUAUAAGUAUAAUGAAGAAAAGACACUAAAUUGGUUAAAAGAAAGAAUCCAUAAAUUAGCUAAAGUGUUAAAAGAAAAAAACAUACAUGUAAUGCCAGGUGCAGUUUCUGCUACAUUUGUUGCUAGUAAUAUCACUAAGGAGGGUAUUGAUGAUGAAUUUUAUCUUAAAUAUGCCCAUGGUAUUGUAUCUGAGUAUCUACAAGAUGAUUUAGUCCAAAAAUUAGAAGAGCAGUUUAAUUUCAAACCUGAAAUUAUUGAAUCUGUUGGUAAGAAGAGAAAAUCUGAAGUGGAAUGUGCUAACUCAAAUAAAAAAAUUAAAAGUGAACCAUGCCUUGAUAAUGAAAUUGAUAUUAAAGUCAGUCCUGCCUCCACUGGAGCCACUGAUCUAAAAAAGAAACCAAUGUCAGCAAAGGAGAAAGCAAGACAAAGAGCUGCUAGUGGUACAAAAACAAUAUCUGCAUUUUUCACUAAAAAAUAA